AUGCCUGUAGUGCCUGAGAAAACUUCGUCAUCCCAGCCAUGGUGGCAGCCAUACUGGGAGAUAUCCAGGAUGAACCACUGGCCCCGCGGCCCCGCUGUCAUAUUCUGGCCUUGCGUCUGGAGCUUACUGUUCAGUCGCUAUGGUCAUGCCAUCCAACCUGGAACGCUUUCACGAUAUAUGGCUGCAUUCAUGGGCGGCGGUACGAUCUCACAUUGUGCCAUCUGUACUCUAAACGACAUCUGCGACGUGGACUUCGACCGGCAAGUCGGUGCGUGGCCUACUCACUCGCGCUCGCAUCUCCCUGACCGCCAGAUAGAGCGGUGCAAAACGCUGCCUUCGGGAAGGAUAUCAGUCUCCGCAGCCAGUGUCUUCCUCGUCGUCCAAACUGCGGCGUUCUGUGCAGUCCUGUUGACCAUUAACCGAGAGGCGUGGGUGACGUCUUGCAUGCCGCUGCAUGGAUUUUAUCCGCUAAUGAAGCGAGUGACCCACUGGCCCCAAGCAUGGCUAGGUCUCUCUAUGGCUUGGGGUGCUUCGACUACGUGGCUGAUGGUCAGGCCCCACGAUUACGAUUCCAAAGCCGUCUGGGCCCUCACUGCUGGCAUUGCUUUCUGGACGGUCGUCAUGGACACUAUGUAUGCGUGUCAGGAUCGGAGGGACGAUAUCAAGGUUGGCAUCGGGUCCACAGCCGUCCUCUUCGGUUCCUGGAUCACGCCCAUCCUCUCGGUCUUUGCUGCGCUCUUCGUCGCCACUCUGAUUUACGCAGGCCAGGAGACUAAUCAAGGCCAAGUAUAUUACACCAUCGCCGUUGGAGGUACCGCCGGGCAUUUGGCGUGGCAGUUGUCGACCUUCAAUGCCGAUGAUAACGACAAUUGCCAGACUAGAUUUGACUCCAACGGCCAGAUUGGGUAUAUCGUGACGGCUGGUCUGCUGGGUCAGAUGUACAUUUCCUAA